GAAGCGUUGUCAGGUGAGAAUUCAGGUAUCUGUGCCUGUGUUCUUGGAAAGUUUCAGUAAAAUUGUUUUGAGGUAGUAAAUUGCUUUUGGUUCUUGGAGAUUAUUACAGUGAGCCAUAUUAAAGGUGAUAAUUGCAUUGAUUUGGUGUAGUCGUGUUUUGUGACUUGUGCCAGAAAGUGCUUGGAGGUGGCAUUGCAGUGGCUGGGAUGAUAUGGAUCCUAAUGGAUUUUUGGUUUUGCUGCUGUUUAGGCUAAGCUCUGUCUUUGCCUACCUUUGACCCCUACUCACAGUGUUUUCUCUCUAGUUUUAAAAGAAACAUCCUGCACCAACAUCCUUCCUGGCUUUGAAGUGGUUGCCUUAGUCUUGGCAGGAGUGAGUGCAGUUCCAUACUCAGCACCAUGGCUGGCUGUGGACCUGAAGGAGACCAACUUUGCUUUUUAGCUCAAUUAUGUGUUUCCAUGUCUUUCAGGGGAUUUGUAUGGAUAAGGAGCCAAACAUGAUCCUUUGACUGGCCUUUACUAUUUUCACAUGAGAGAGGAGAACUGAGCCAUUGGGAAAGAGUUUUCUGCUGGUACUACAAUGCUGAGUUCUAGCUCGAACACUGUGAAGAAUUUUCUUUUGAAGAGGCGGCUCUGUUUCCUGCUGAAACUUGUGUGCUUUGUCAGCUCAGUGCUAAUAUUUUGUGAAUUUUUAAUUUAUUAUGUGGUAAUUUUUCAAUGUCGAUGGCCAGAAGUGAAAGAUGGAGCUCACAUGGGUGAAAAAGAGACUUCGGCUUCAGUCCUAAAGGCCAUCAUUUUAGCUGAUACUCACCUUCUUGGUGAAAUCAAAGGACAUUGGCUGGAUAAGCUGAGAAGGGAAUGGCAAAUGGAGAGAUCUUUCCAAACUGCCUUAUGGUUACUGCAGCCAGAUAUUGUUUUUAUUCUGGGAGAUGUCUUUGAUGAAGGAAAGUGGAGCUCACCUCAGGCGUGGGCAGAUGAUGUCAGGAGAUUCCGAAAAAUGUUUAGGUAUCCAGUUUCUACUGAGCUAGUGGUUAUUGUUGGGAACCAUGAUAUUGGAUUUCAUUAUGAAAUGACUACUUACAAGGUGAAGCGAUUUGAAAAGGUUUUCAACUUCACUUCAGGAAAGCUGAUAACUCGAAAAGGAAUAAACUUUGUCCUGGUGAACAGUGUAGCCAUGGAGGGCGAUGGUUGUGCCGUCUGCCGAACCGCAGAGGCAAAGCUUGUGGCGCUUUCUCACAAACUGAAUUGCUCCCAGCAGAAACCAAAUCAUUCCGACAAAAGAUGCAGUGAUGUGGAAAAGCUUCCGGCUUCAGAACCCAUCCUUUUACAGCAUUACCCUCUCUAUCGGAAAAGCGAUGCUGAAUGCAGUGGAGAAGAUUCUGCUCCUCCAGAGGAGAAGACUAUCCCAUUUAAAGAAAACUAUGACGUACUGUCUCAGGAAGCAUCACAAAAGCUGUUAUGGUGGUUUCAUCCCCGUUUGGUUCUCAGUGGGCAUACACACAGUGCUUGUGAAGUGCUGCAUGCAGGGAAAAUCCCAGAGAUCAGCGUCCCGUCAUUCAGCUGGAGGAAUAGAAACAACCCUAGUUUCAUCAUGGGCAGCGUAACACCAACUGACUUCUCCCUCCAAAAAUGCUUCCUUCCGUACGAGAGCAGAGUCUUUACUAUAUACUGUGCAGCAGGUGCUCUGCUUGUAAUCCUGAUACUAGCUCAUUUUCAGCUUCUCACUCCACCAUUUUAUUUUGCUCAGCGUUUAAUCAGUAAGCAUAAAGCAGUAUGAAGAGCCAGACAUCUGCAUUCAGUCACUGAAAUACCAAAGCUGAGAACAGUCAAACAUCAGACUAUAUUCAUGCCAGCAAAUGACCUAAUUUGAUUGCUAGUCUGAAGGCAGGUUGCAUUUACACAUACCAUAGAAGUCCUAUACAGCUGAUAUGACUACUACAGGAUAAUUAACUGAAAUGAACGUUUCAUGCUGUACAAAAAUACUGUAUUCUACAAUCAAAUGAGUCCUUUUCCUGCUAUAAUUUUUGUAUCAAAUAUGUAUAUUAAAAGUGUAACUGUACAUUA